UCGCCAUCUUCCAUUUGGGCGUUAUCUCCUCCUUGGAUAGUAUGACAAGAUAGGAAAAUGACUGUUGGCCUGAAAAAAAAUCAAUAAUUGUUGGAAACUGCAGAAGAAUCAUAAGCGAGAAACGGAGAGCGAGAGAGGGGAAGGGAGUGGGGCGGCAAGGGCAACUCUGUGAGCUCAGUGAUGGGGAAACGUUCAUGGGUUUCGACUUUGUUAACUCAGGCUUGCCUUUGCUUCGCUCUCUACCUUUCUUUCCAUCUGGGUGAACGAGAGAUACCCAUUUACUCCAGAACCAGUGGAAGGGGUACACCGCUUGAUCUAUACUUCCUUAGUGUUAGAGGAGGCUACAGACUUCCUCAGCAACAGCGACACCUCCUCCAACAGAUGGAAAAGGUAGCUAAGACUUACCGGGCGAAGUUUGUGGUGGACAUCAGUGAACUUGGUGACGAUGAUCCACUAAUGUUGAAUGGUACACUGCUGCGUUUCCCAUCAUUGAAGGUACCCUGGUAUACUACUAGAACUUCACAAGGAGAAGGAAAGGAAUAUUUCCUAAAGCAGAUAACAAUAACACAUGGGCAAGUCCUCACCCUCAUUGGUUUGGAUACUGGACCAUUACAGGGUUAUCAGCACACUGGACAACAACGCGGAAUGGCAAGCAAUCAAUUACAGUGGCUGACAAGAAUUCUAGGAGUGACUGAUAGUAACUGGCGUAUAGUUGCUGGGUUCCACCCACUGGCAGUUUGUGAAGAAGAUGAGGUGCAAAUGGAAACAAUGCAUGUUUCAGAGCCCCUACAACGUAUCUUUCUGAAAUUUGGAGUGAAUACGUUCCUUAGUAAGCAGGGAUGCAGUAACUUCUACAUCCGUCAAGGGAGCAUAACUUACAUCGGAAUCCCAGGCCCUAUGGACAGAGAGAAUAACAGAACAUCUUCCGUAAAUAAAAGCUUCACCUUCCAUAGGGAUAUGGAUGAUGGUUUCAUUCUGCACAGAGUCAGUCCUCUAGAAAUUGUUUCUUACUUAAUUAACUCAGCAGGUCAAGUAGUAUCCAGGUCUAAACUUCACCAGAGGGGGAGGGAGGUAAUGUAAAUUUGACUUUCAACAGUAUCAGUUAUGCUGAUUCUUUGAAGCUGCCCCAUAAUACCUGCAAUUCUCUGUUGCAUUAUUUAUUUCUUUCAUAUUUUCUCUUCUUCAUUUUCUUUCUGGGGGAUUGGCUGUAGAGGAUUUUUCACCCCUUUGAUUGGAUAGUUGCAAGCUUCAUUUGUAUCAAAAUGAUCAGUUUUCAAGCCAAUGAUUGGAUGAAUUCUGUUAAGUGUAACAUUGUAAAUUACAAAAGAUUAAAUUCUCUGAAAGUGUUUAGUGAA